AUGUAAGGAAAUGACAUGUAAUCAGAAGAAAUGUAAAAAGAUGCAGAAAUUAAAAUGAUUCAAGAAAGAGAGUAGAAUGAAGAGCUUUAAUAAUUAGAAGAGAAAAAGUCUCUCUUUUCUAACACAACCUAAAGAUGGAUAUUAAGGAUUUUAGAUGUAUUAGGAUUAAUUAUAUUUCUUGGGUAUUGCUAUCUCAUUCAAAGUUAUCUCUCAACAAUCUAUUUCUUGAUAUUCAUGCUGAUUAUUCAAACUUGGGAAACCUAGUUGCAUAAAAUAGGUAUGUUUGAGAAAAGAGAUUCUGAUAAAAAGGUAAAUACAUAGCAUAUAGUAAGGUUUACAAAGAUCCAUUAGAUUUUCUUGAGAAUUAUCCUAAAAUACGAGAAUAAUAAAAGUAAAGGAAAACAAUUGCAGGUUAUAAUCCAAAUAUGGAAGAUGAUGUCACAGAAAUAUCUGGAUUAGAUGAAACUGAAAUUAAAUAUAAACCCUUAUAUUGGAUAAUAUUCAAAGACUAAAACUAUGCAAUAUGGAUGUUUCUUUUGAUAUUUUCAGCAUUAAGUUUGGUAAUGAAAGGGACAUUUAUAGGAAUAAUUAAAAAUGAUCCUUAAUAAGCAAUAAAUAUUAUGUCACCAUAUAAUUAUGAAGGUAUUGAGAUCUAUUUUGAAUUGCAGAAAAAUAACAAAUUUAAUAUUACUACUAAAGACUAUAUUAAAAUAUUUUUACCAAACUCGCUUAUAUUUAUAUUUUGUUGUUUUGUAAUUGCAUUAAGAAGAGUAAAGAAAAAGAAAUAUUUAGAAUAAUUUGGAGAACCCAUAAAUAGAUAAAUAUUUUCAUUCUAUUUUAUAAUUAUUUGGUUUGUUUUAGCAUUAAUUCUAAUUUGUAAUUAAUCAAUAAUAGGAUAUAUUUACUUUAUUUUGGAAAUGAUAGUUGGUUUUAGAUUCUUUUAAAAAGAAAUAAUAAUAACAAAAUUUGAUAAAUUAGUUUUAAAAAUCCUAAAAUUUACUUUAAUAAGUACAUUAUUAAUUGUUUAUUUUGCUGGUACUCCAAUAAUUACUUAAUUUGUUAAUUAAAAUUCAUAUUGGCCAUAAUAUUUUGGUUUAGAUAUUAUGUAUUGGAUGAGAACAGAUAAUUAAUGGAAUGUAAAAUAUUAUUCUGAAAUAGAGUUACGUAUUCAUGGUUGGAGGUUUGACAUUAUUUGCAUUCUUAUGCAUUGUAACAGAGCAAUUUACAAAUGAAGAUAGAAAAAUAUUAUUUAGAGAUGCUAUAUAAGAGUGUAUUACCCAUUAUGAGAUUUAUCAAUUUAAAAAAUAAAAAUAUAACACUACUAUAAUGGAAGAUAAAGAGGCUCCUAAUAUUUAAGGAUAAUAAAAAGAAGAAGAUGAAUUAGAAAUUUAAACAAAAUAAUAAUAAUUAAGUGAUGAAAAUGAAUUAAAAUAAAUGAUGCCUGGUUAACCUGUUAGAAUGUCUCAUGUAGAUGAAGGUGAAGAAGAAGAUAAAAAUAAACUACUAUAUAAUUUAAAUAAAGCACUCUUUUCUUUAGGAAAUAACUUUUCUAAAUUUAUUGAUCAACCUAUUGUUACACUUAGAUUACUCCAAGUAUUGAUGAUAACUAUUGUUAUAAUGUAAAAGACUUAUGAAUCAUUAUUAUCUGUUAUUUGGAUUAUGAUUACAGGUAUAUUUAAUUGAUUAUAUCAUAGGUUUCACACUUUAAUAUAAUAUUAAUUCAUUUACUUCAUUGGUUUUGGCAUUGCCAUCUGUAUUGAUCAAUUUUAUUGUAUUUUAUUACUAAUGUAUACCUAAUAUGAAUGAUCCCAAUAAUCCAUUUUAGAUUUGUAAAUUUUAAGAUCAGCAUCCAUCAGAGACAUGUUAAAAAAUUGGUUUUUUUAAUCUUGAUUAAGAAUACAAAUAAGUUAUUAAUGUAAUUAUUUACAAUAAUUUUUUUAGCUUCUUAUAAUGAAUAUCACUAUUUAUACAUUUUUUUUAUUUCUUAGAUAAGUUCAUAAAUAUGAUUAAUUUAAAUCAAUAUAAAUUUCAGUUAAAAGAUCUUAAUUAUAAAUUUAAGAAAAAAAGAAAUCGCUAAAAGUAAUUAAAAUAAUAUUUAUUUUUUAGGAUGUAAGUUGGUUAACCUUAACAUUUGCCAUUUUAUUAAAAGCCUCAUAUGUUGUUGCUUUAAUUAUAGUAUAUUGGAUUGGAUUUUUCGAUGUCAAUCUUAUAUAAGGUGUUCUAGUAGUAUUUCUUAUGAUUUUUAUUAUAAAUGAUUCCACUCUCUGCAUUUACAAAUAGAAAAAUGAAAAGAAUGAAAUUAAGGAAUAUGUUGUUCCCUUCUCAUUUAAAUAUUGGAUUAUAUUUUUAAUCUACAUAUGCAUAAUCACAUCUUUGAGAUAUAUAUAUAUUUUGUUCUUUUUGGGACAAACUAAUAUAUAAGAAGAUAAACUUUGGAUUAUCAGUUUGAUUGGAAUAAACAAUUAAGAACGUUAUGACAUUCUAUUUUGGGUAUUAUUUUAUUUUGCAGCCCUUUAAUACGAUUCCUAUAGAUCUAAGAUUUAUCUUAAAUAUUCAAAUUAAAUAGUUGAUAUAUUUUUAGCAAAGAUCAGUGAUAAGGAAAAACAAACAAAAAUAAGAACUACUAUAGAAACUCUAUAUUUGUUAUUUAUGAAAACAAUCAUUUGGAUUACAUUUACAUUAAAUAUUUGCUUUAUUAUUUUUACACCAUUUUCUUUUGUUAAUUUAGGAUUAUUUAUUUUUAUAGGAGGACUCUUUUUUUAUUAUACAUUUCAAUUCAUUAGAGAUUAAGUAAAUUAUAAUUCCAUGUCUAGAUGUUGGUAUUUAUAUUUAUAUUCACUUGUAAUGGCAUUUAUAAUUAGAUAUAUAUUUUAAUUUAUUUGUUUGCCCAGUUAUAAUUAAAUAAUUGAUUCAAAUCUAGAUAAUCUGUAUACAAAUUUAUAACUUAAAUAUCAAUAAUAUGGAUUUUAUUAAUAUAAUUAAAGCAAACUAAGAAUUGAGUACUUACCUGAUAUGAUUGCCAUAUUUUUUGGAGCUAUUUCUUUGAAUACUUAUUAAUUUUUUAAAGAAGCCUAAAAGAGUAAGUUAAAAUUGGCAACUAUGACAAAUCAAACUCCAUAUACUAUAGAAAAGCCACUAUUAUCAGCUGAUUCAUUAUUAGAGUAGUCUGGUUCCAGUGAUGUCGCAAUUACUGAUAAAAUUGAAAAACAAUAAUAGAAAGACUUAGAAGAUUUAGUCAAAAUUAUGAAAAUCAAUAUCUUAGAAAAAUAUAAAUUCCUUUAAAAGCCUAUAAUGUUCAUAGCAGAAAUUAAUACAGAUUUACUUACUUUAUAUGUUGUAUUUUCUGUAGUCUUUUUUGUUUAAUCAAUUGCAUCUUUCAUUAUUUUGGUUUUGUAUUUAAGUUAUUUUGUCACUGUUCAUAAUGCAUUAUUAGAUAAUGUAUAAGAAAAAAAUUUGUUGGCAAGAUUAAAAUAAAGUAUAUUUAUAUUUUUAUUUAUUAGAAAUUGUGAAUUUGAAAAAAAAAUAUGUUGAUUACAAUUCUAAAUAAAUAGAUCAUAAUGACAAUGAGGAUGAAAUCAAUCUAGUUUAGACUACAAAUCUAAUAGCAAUGACUAGAAUGAGAAUUCGUAUUGAAAAAAAAGUUUCAAUUUGGAAAAUCUCAUUUAGUUUUAGUUGCUUUUGUGUAUUUUUAACUUAUUUAUCAUAAUAUUUAUCUUUAGUGAUAUAAUAAGUUGAUGAAGAAAAAUAAUAAGGAAUUUUAGAUGCUUAAUUAGGAUUAUUUAUAUUUGGUACAUUUGCUUAAGAAUCUAAUGCUUAAACAUGUUUUUGUGGAUAGUUUGAUUUAAAUAAUAAAUGUUAUGGAUCUAUCAAUAAUUCAUCAUCUACUAUUUUUGAUGAGGUAUUAUUCUAUUUAAUACUUGUAUUUGCAAAUGUUGUAGAUGCUGGAUGUACUAUGUUUCUUAAGGAAUAACUUGAAAAGGAAGAAUAAAAUAUAUCAAAAUUUGAACAUCAAUUUUAAAAAUAAAAAUAAUAAACUGAAUCAAGAUAAGUUAUAUCAAGAUCGAUGAUUCAUACUUUGAAAGGUAUUCAUAAUCAAGCUGAAGGAGAUAGUCCCACUUAGUUCAUUUAAGAAUAAUAAGAAAUAGAUGAUUAAAAAGAGUUAGAAGAAUUUAAGCAACAAUAUCCAUUUUUAUCUAUUAAUAUUAUAAAUAAAUAUGAUUAACCAUAAGAAUUAAGUUUAGAAGACCUGAAGAAGAUUUAAAUUGCUGCUAAAGAUAUUAAUUUCUAUAAUAACAGAUCUAGAAUAUUUAAAUUAAAUUUAACAACUGCUGGAUUUGUGACAUUGCAAAGAGUAUUUAUUUUAAUUUUAUUAUUUAAUACUCUUUUAGCUAAUAAUAUAUUUUCUUUAGUUUAUUUGGGUGUAGCUACCUAUUUAUUUUUAUAAAAAACUGGAGCAUCCAAUAUUAAGAUUUUAAACACAUUUUCAGUUGUUGCUAUUUGGAUAUAAUAUAUUAUGAUAUACUUUUUAAAUUACGAAAUAGAGGAUAAUGAUAAAUUAUUGCCUGUUAUGGCUUCUACAUAUAAUAAAGAUGAUUUUAGUGUAAUUAAAAUGGCUACAGUAUUCUAAAAUUAUCCAUAUUUCAUUCCCUAUCUUGGUUUUGAUAAUGGAGCCAUUAUGGAUUGCUCAAAAUUUGACUAAAAUUCAAGUUCAUCUAAUUCAACUGAAACAAAUUUCUUAGAAAGUCAUUAUUGUAUUACUAAUAAUAAUAUUGAAUGGAUCUUUAUUUUAAAUACUCUUGUACUUUCUCUUAUAUAUUUGUAUUUUUUACUCCUACAACAUUUAUCUAAAUUGAUUUUAUCUACAACAAUUAAAAUGGAAUUAGAUUUGUAAUUCACUUAAUCUAUUUUAUAAAAGCUUUACUCCAAGAGCAAAUUCUCUAUCCAUUUAAAUUAUUAAACUUGGAAAAAUAGAGUAUAUUCAACAAUGUCAGGCAUAAUUUAAUAGGUUAUUAAAAUUAAUCAUAUCGUCUUUAUUUCAAUUAUCAUUUUAUUAGCUUAAUCAAAUAGAAUAUUGUUAAAUUAUUUUGAAUUUAUCAUGGCUGUAUUGUUUUUGGUUAUUUUUGAAUUGGUACUAACAUCAAAUAGAGAAUCAAAUUUAAGAAGAGAAAGCAUUUAUUUCAAAGUUCUUUUCUAUUUAGCAGUAUUUACUAUAUCAAUGUAUACUAUUUUGAGAUUGCCAUGGAUUUUGAAUUGGUGUGCAUCUUAAGCAGAAGAAAACUUUACUAAAGCAUAAGAUUAUUAAAAUGAGUUUAUUUGUUUAGAAAUUUUCGAAAUGAAACUUGGAGGAAUGAUCUUUAUUAUAUUCUUUAUAUCACUUCACUUUGAUUUAAUAAAUUCAGAAUAAUUUAUUGAAUCUUUAAAUAGAUUUAUGAUUCUUGAACAAUAAUAAUCCAAAAUGAUUUCAAGGGCACUUGCCUAUCAUAAGAAUUUUAAGAAAUUCACUGCAAUAAUUUAAGUAACAGUAUAAAAAGAAUUAUUUAAAAAAACAUAAGAAAAAGCUUAAGAAAAAUUAAAAAUGUGGCAUGCAAAAUUGCUUGAUAAAACUAAAGAUAAAGUAAUGAUGGCUGAUGACAUGCAAUUAGAAUAUUAACAAUAAGAAUAAUAAGAAUAAUAAUAAUAAUAGCCUAAUUAGUAUCAAUAACAAUAAUAAUAAUAAUAAUAAGAUUAAUAAUAAUAAUAAUAAUAAUAAUAAUAAUAAUAAUAAUAAUAAUAAUAAUAAUAAUAAUAAUAAUAAUAAUAAUAAUAAGAUUAAUAAUAAUAAUAAUAAUAAUAAUAACAAUAAUAAUAAUAAUAAGAAUAACAAUAAUAAUAAUAAUAAGAUUAAUAAUUCUAACAAUAGUAAUAAUAAAUAUAACCUAAUAGUGAAUUGGAAAUACCAGUUAGAAAAGUAUUUGUUAGUUAAUUUGAAAUUGCUUAAGAAGAAAGAAAAAGUGCAGAGUUGCCAGAAGAAAAAUUAUUAAAAGAUACUAAAUUUCAAAGUUUAAGUAAAUCAUAGAAAACAUGUAUAGAAAUAAUUGCCUAUAUUUAAUCUUUCAAUAAUAAAUUCAAAUUUAUGAGUCUACCAAAUAUUAUGGAUUAUUUGCUAUCUUAAAACAUUAUUUUAAAAAGAAGAGUUUAAUUCCCUUUGUCUGAUUUCCUUCAAGAAAAUUAUAGAUAAUUUGAAGAAGAAUUAUUAUAUAUAGAUUAAUUCUAUUCACAUUUACACAAAAAAUUAAGAGCCAGUCCAAAUUAAAUUUUAGAUAUUACUUAAAUAACAGAUGAAUUAAUCUCAAGAUUAGAAAAAUCUUCAUAUAAUAAUUCAAAAAUAGGUCGAAAAAUGCAAAAGAUUAUCUCAUCAAUGAAGUUGACUUCAAAAUAAUCAAAGUAAGCAUUAAUCUAGUCUUAAUAUUCUAUAUCUCCUUAAAUAUAGUAAUAACCUAUUGAAGAAGAUAUUAAUUAUGAAAAUUACAUUAAAUCUACAGAUUUGUAUUUUGUAAAAAUAGUUGAUGACAAAUAAUUAAUUUAAGUUGAAAAUACUAAAUAUUCAUCAGCUCUUACAAAACUAUCUUUAAGUAUUCUUAUAUUUAGAAUCAUUACAGAAAUCUUUAGUUUAAUAAUUACAUAUUGGAUGCCUUUUUGUUUUUUGCUUAUUAUUUUUUAUUAUGCAGUAGAUAGUGGAUUAUUAGGCGGUGUUUUACCGUUUAUGUUAUUUUUAUGGAUAUUAAUUGAUGAAAAAGUGUAAUCAAAAUUAUUUUGGAUGAUUGCUUUUUCAAUAUAUUUCUUUAUAUCUCUGUUGGUGUUUGCCUAUACAUUAAGUGGAGUAGGGGAAAAAUAGGGUUAAAAAAGGAGUAAUGGAAAUAAGAUGGCUUGGUAUUAUCCUCUUUAUAAUGGAAAUCAAAGUAUUUCAUAUGAAGUCAUGUUAAUGAUUUUCAUAAUCUUUUAAGUUUAUUUUGCCAAAUAAUAUGGCGUAUAUUAUAAGAGUUUAUUAGAUAUUGAAAAUAUAUUUUAAGGUUAUUUAAGAAUGAAAAUCAAUAAAUUUACUAAAUAUAUUAAGAAAAGUCUUAUAUAGAAUUAAAACUUGGCAAAAUAAGAUGAUUAAGAAAAAUUAGUAUUUGAAGAAGAUUUAUAUGAUCUUUAAAAUUAGCAAGAGGAGAAUAAUUAAUUUUAAUUGAAAGAAAGCAUUGAAAUAGAAAAAAGAAUUAUUGAAGAUCCUAAAAUUUUAUUUAAAGAUUCCUCAAAUUUAUUUGAAAGAAUAUUUUCUUACAAGUUUUCAAGACCUGGUGUUGAUUUAUAUCCAAUUACAGCAAGCAUUUAGAUUUUAAUAUUAAUUUACACUCUUAUUUUUUUUACUAAUAUGGUUAAUGAAUCAACAAAAAUCAAUAAUAUUUUAAAGACAAAUUAAAUACCAACAUCUUUGAUAUGGGCAUUACUUGUUGAAUUCAUAUUGAUGUUUUUUGAAAGAUAUAUUACAAUGAAAGGUAAUGCAGAUGUCGUCGAUAGUGAUAAUAAAAAAAAGUCAUUUUUUUAGAAAUAUAAACUCUAAUUUUUACUCAAAUUUUUAUUAUAGUGGUGCACUGUAAUCCUAAUAUAUUGGUUGAUUUUCUUAAGAUUAGGAAAUCCCUGGGGUUAAAAUGCUAUAUAUGACCAUGAUUCUAAUUCAGCUGCAUCAUAUUCGAAAUACAAAUCAAAUGGUUACAUUCAAUGUUUUUUCAUAUUAUACUCUGCAUAUUUUACUGUUUCUGCUCUUUAGCUUAGAUUUGGUUAUAAAAAGCUAAAACUUAGAAAUACUUUAUUAUAAUCAUAUAAUUUAAUAUCAUAUGCAAUAGCUUAAACUUACUAUGCAAUUCCAUUUUUAUUUGAACUUAAAGUUUUAAUGGAUUGGACAUUCUUAAAAGUAAAAAUAAAUUAAUUUAUAAUAGACUUCUUUAGAUGUAUUUUAAUGGUUUACUUUAGAAGACAUUCAUGGGAUAAUGUAUUUUACAAAAAAUUAAUCUAAAGAUUAUUUAGAAAAACCAUUAGGUAAAAGAAUCUCUGGAUUUAAAAAAUGCACUUGUGGUUGUUGUUUGGUUUUAGUCAUUUUUGCUUGCAUUUUUGGUCCUUUGAUAUUAUUUUCAAGUUUAAAUCCAGCAUCAGAAUUGAAUCCUGUAAGAGGUGGAGAAUUUUAACUUUCAUUGAUAAACACUAAAACAGCUCUAAAUGUUGUAUUAUAUUAAACUAAUUAACUUUAUGGAUUAGAAAACACUUUAGAAAACCAAAAUGAGAUCAAUACAGCCUUAAAUUAAACUUGCACUAAUUCAAUAAUUAAUAAUGCACCAAAAUCAGGAGAAUUAUAACAAUUUUAAUUAUUAAAUUUUUCAAAUAAUAAUUGGGAUAUUUCCUUUCCUUUAUAUUAACAAUUGAUAUAAUAACUUAAUGAAAAAAUAAAUGGAGAAGUUGACCAUGAAUUUUUCUUUAAUUUAUCAUUUAUCUUUACAAGAGAUUAAUAAUAAAUUAUCCCAACCAAAAACUAUAUUUAAUAUCCUACAACUGGAAAUGAAUACUUAAAAAAUCUUUAGAACAUGAGCUCUUUACCAAUACCAAUUUUAUAAAAUAUUUAAUCAUUGUUAAAUUGCACAAAUUAUGCAGAUCCAAAAAAUAGUUCAAAUUCAACUACAAACCUAACGUAAAUUUAAUUAUAAAAUUUUUAUAUUGAAACUGUAUAAUUGUACUCAGCUGAUGGAACUUCUUUUAAAUCAAAACCUAUUUAUGAGUAGGGAGUUUAAAGUAAUGCAAGUGCUAAUUUAUCAUUCAUUUGUUCUGGAAGUACUCCUUUGGAUGGUCAAUCUUGGUGGACUCUUGUUUAUGAUGGUAAUUCCUGUUUGUUAGAAACAUGUGACAAACCUAGUAAAAAAGAUUAGCCUAAUGGUUUGAUUAUGUUUGUCAUCUCAGAUACUUUUUCCACCCUAACUUAAGGUUUUAGCAUCAUAACAAUUUAUACAUCAGUUAUUUUACUUAUUGGAACUUUUAUAAGAUCAUUUUUUUCUGGAUAAAUUUGGAUGCUUGAAUUCAAAGGGAUGGUCCAUCCUGAUGAUUUAAUUAUGAUUUGCUAAGCUAUAUCUAUUGCUAGAUCUUAAUAAGAUUUCAAAAAGUAUCAUAUACAUUAUUAUUAUUUAGUGAAAAUAUUUUAUACUUUGAAUUGAUUGAUAUUCUUAGAUCUCCUGAAAUUGUAAAAGUAAUGACUGGAACUUGGACAGAAGAGCUUAAAAAAAAAGAAAAUGAAAGAGAACAGAAAUUGUAGUUAGAAAAUUAAGAACAAUAAUUGUUUCUAUAAUAAUAGGAAAAAUUACAAUAAUAAAUAUCAAAUAAUAAUGGAUAAAAAUAAAAAUAAGAUUGA